AGCCACUAGUGUGCUUAUUACAAUUAGGUCAAUUAACAAUAUAUUAUUCUUUAAUUAUAGCAAUUAUGAUAUACAUGAUAUAUAGAUGAACAGAACAGUAAAUAUAUAUAUACAUUUUUUUGUACAUUUCUGUCCUCCGACAUAGACUUCACUAUUUUUAUCACUAUUAAUUUAUAUUCUUUUUUUUUCCUCACUCAUUUAUAAGUAAAACAGUACACAUUUUAAUUGCACAAGAUUGUCACAAUUUACUGCAUGUCAUUUCAGCUGGUAUGUCAGGAUCAAGAAGAUCAUUGCUAAGUAUAGGUGAGCAGAAGAAUCCUUAUAGCACACCUGUCCCUGCACAGCGAAAAACUCUUUCUCGUUCUCUCUUAUCUGAAGAUGACAUGCCACGACCUUCACCAAGGUCAAACAAGAAAGGAGUCAAACAUGUCCCCGCUAGUAAACUAGGUCACCUCACUGAAGAGCCAAAAAAUAAACGGGACUGGACCAAAACUACCAGUAAGGGUUGUUUUUUUAUUGACGAAGAUGACGGUCUGAUGACACACACUUACAGACUGAAUCUGAAUGAGAGAAGUAAAGUUUGGAUCACGGUCCAGCCAUCCAUUCCACAAUCCAUGA